AUGGCGUAUGACCGAUAUUUGGCAAUCUGUCACCCCCUUCAUUACUUUAUUCUGAUGAGUUUAAGGCAGACGGCUGCACUUGCAGUAACUGCGUGGACCGUUGGCUUUUUGGUCCCUACUGGGCAUGCUGCUCUUAUAUCUGGACUGUCCUUUUGUGCUUCUCAUUUAGUUGACUAUAUAUUUUGUGAUAUUACACCAUUAUUGAAGCUUUCCUGUAGUGAGACAUUCAAUGUGGCAAUGCUAAGUAUUGUUGAUGGGGCAAUAUUAGCAUUUCCUACGUUCCUGUUUACUUUAAUUUCCUAUGUUUUUAUUAUUUCCAACAUUCUGAAAAUAAAAACCACAGAAGGCCGACGUAAAGCGUUUUCUACCUGCGCCUCCCACCUGACCUGUGUUACGGUUUUUUAUGUGACCGUGAUGGGUUUGUAUAUGAGACCGACAUCAAGCUAUCAACCAAAGCAGGACAAAUUUUUUGCUCUUUUAUUCGUUGUCUUAGUUCCAAUGCUUAACCCGAUUAUUUAUAGUCUGAAAAAUCAGGAUGUGAAAGAUGCUUUAAUGAAAUUUAGGAACAAGAUGACAUGUUAA